UGUCAGUCGGUUGUCCUGUUUUUGUUUGACAGCAAUUAAUUAGGAAAAUAUUGAUAAAAAAGUGCAAUUUUUUUUUUUUAUAAAGAAAACUUUUUUUAUUAUUACUUCUUGCUACAUAUUAGACGAUGUUCCAAAUUUUGUAUUUAUUAUUUUCAAUUCUAAAAUAAUUAAAAAACUUGUGUAAUUAUAGGAAGAAAAAAACCAAUUUAACUCACCUUUGUUUCCUGCUUUCUCGGCAGAAGCUUUCACUCACUGAUACUCAUUACAUGGAACUCUCAAGUUGUAUUACCUUCGUAUAUUAUUUGCGCUCGUCAAUCCUCUAUUUUUAAAAUUUAUAUAAAAAAAACUUAUUAGUUACAGCUAUUAUAUAUGUAUAAUGGAAAAAGCAGACAACUCAAAAAGUUUCUGGAAGAGUAGCAGUCGUAUUGUCCCUGGUCGACCAAGUCCAAAUGUUAACUUAAAAAUGACCAAUCCAACAAAAUCAUUUGGCAAAAAAUCUGGUGAUUCGACAUUCAAAGAUUACCAAAUGUCUGUUAGCGAUGCUUGGGAUAUGGGCGAUGAUGAAUGUUGUAUUUUAGAAAAGUCUCACAAUUCCCAACAACAACAACAACAACAAAAUGCAACCAAUCCUACUGAAGCAGCUGCCCAUGAAACUCCAAAUGCGGCAGCUGCCAAUAAUCAUGCACCAGCUACAGAGUGCCAGGAGCAACUCAAAUCAUCUGCUGCCAACUACGAGAAUCGAUGUAGAAAUCGCAGAUUCGAUGUUUAUCCCGGGUGGCCACAGUUACAAAAACUCAGUUCGACACCGGAAGAAUAUGAGGAUAGCCAAUCGAAAAUCAAUAAGCUCUCUGCUCUGAUAGAAUCGCCAUUUUUAGAUUUCGCCGAUCUAAAGCAAAUUAGUUGGUCAGGAAUACCCAAACAGAUGAGAGCCAUAACUUGGAGACUUCUCUCCAAGUACCUCCCACCGAAUGGGGAGCGAAGAACGUAUGUUCUACAAAGCAAGCGCCAAAGCUAUUGCGAAUUACGCAGGAAAUACUUUAUGGUUGAUAGCAAAGAUGAGAGUCAGCAGGAUACAUACCGCCAAAUUCACAUCGAUGUCCCUCGAAUGAAUCCACACAAUAUGCUUUUUAAGCAGGAACUUGUCCAGGAGAUGUUCGAAAGGAUUCUCUUUAUUUGGGCCAUUCGCCAUCCGGCUUCGGGUUACGUCCAAGGUAUAAAUGACCUAGUAACGCCAUUUUUUAUUGUCUUCCUGCAGGAAGCAUUCGGAGUUAAUGGCUUUGAAUUGGAGAAGAUUCAAUUUAAAGAUCUUUCCGAGGAUGUCCGUCAUGCCAUUGAAGCGGAUUCCUUUUGGUGUUUGUCCAACUUUUUAGAUUGCAUUCAAGAUAAUUACAUUUUUGCACAAUUAGGCAUUCAAGAGAAGGUCAAUCAGUUGAAAGAUCUCAUUCAUCGGAUCGAUGGGACUCUGCAUCGACAUUUACAAGACCACGGCAUUGAUUAUUUGCAAUUCUCUUUCCGUUGGAUGAAUAAUCUACUUACUCGUGAACUUCCAUUACAUUGUACCAUCAGACUGUGGGACACAUAUCUAGCCGAAUCGGACGGGUUUGCUCAGUUACAUUUGUAUGUGUGUGCAGCAUUUUUGUUGCAUUGGAGAACUCAGCUACUCAAUCAGACUGAUUUUCAAGGUUUGAUGAUAAUGCUGCAGAAUCUUCCUACAUACAAUUGGUCGGAUAGGCAGAUUAAUAUAUUGGUAGCUGAAGCUUUUCGAUUAAAAUUCACUUAUGCUGACACCCCAAAGCACUUGGAGGCAAAGAGUUGAUAAUUUUAUUUAUUAUAAUUAUAAAUUUAAAUUUAUAAAAAAAAAAAAACAAAAACAAAAAACUUAGUAUGUUCAUGUAAUGUUUAAUCUUACUGUGGGAAAAUAUCAAUAUAAAAAAAAUUUGUAAAACAUUUAUGUAUAAUUAAUAAUAAACGCUAUUAGCAAAAGGGGGUUAAUACACCUAAA